CAGCACAGCACUUCUGAAUCUCCCUCAGCUGAGAGGAUCUGGGCAUCAUGGCUGCUACCGGAACAUUCCGCAUGGUGUCUGAGGAGGAGCAGGCAUUACGUGCCAAGCUUGAGCAUCUGACCGCUAAGGAUCAUGGGCCAGUCUACGGGCCUUGUAAGAAACUUCAGGACCACACAAAACAGAAGGCUAAAGAUAAAUUGAAUGAGACUGAGGAAAAGAAGGUGUCUUCUGUAAAAGAACUGAGGGUCAUGAUGAAAGACAAGGCAAGUGAAGGGGAUGAUCUCACCAGCGCUGUGCUGGAAAAAUUUGGGGACAAACCAGACUCCCUCCUGCUGAGGCUCAUACGUGCUCGCAAGUUUGACGUGACAAGAGCACAUGAGCUCAUGAAAGGUUAUGUGCGUUUUAGGCGAGACUACCCUGAGUUGUUCGAGAAUUUAACCCCAGAGGCAGUACGCCGUACCAUUGAAGCUGGUUACCCACGAAUCCUCUCCACCAGGGACAAGUACGGCCGUGUGGUACUGCUCUUCAACAUUGAGAACUGGGAUCUAGAGGAGGUUACUUUUGAUGAAACUCUUCGUGCAUACUGCGUAAUCCUUGAGAAGCUUUUGGAAAAUGAAGAGACCCAAAUCAACGGUUUUGUCCUCAUUGAGAAUUUCAAGGGCUUUACCAUGCAGCAUGCGUCUGGCAUCAAACACACAGAGCUGAAGAAAAUGGUAGACAUGUUACAGGACUCUUUCCCAGCACGGUUCAAGGCAGUGUAUGUGAUCCACCAGCCCUGGUACUUCACAACCACCUAUAAUGUAGUGAAGCCCUUCAUGAAGAGUAAACUGCUGGAGAGGGUUUUUGUAUAUGCCGAUGAGCUGAAUGGCUACUUAAGGGAUUUUGGUGCUGAAAUCCUUCCACCGGACUUUGAUGGGACGGGUCCCAUGUGUGAUGGCAAAGAGACGGCAAUCAAGCUGUUUGGUUCUGAAGACACGGCCCUUUAAUUGCCCGAAACCAAUAGUAGAAGACUCUGAUUUUCACCAAACUUUUUGUUGAUUUUGAAUAUAAAAUUAUUAGAAUGUUUUAUAGAAACUAUGGAGAAAAGUA